GACCAUUACCCCAGUCCCCAUGAAUCAUAUCACUGUAGCAAGACCCACCCAGAACAGGAAGAGGAAGCCAGUGACUUGCCAAAUUGAUACUACAAAGAAAAUCCCAGUUGUCACAGAAACGGACAUGCAAGUCCUGAAGGACCAGGAACAUGCUCCAUUGAGCUACAUGGUACACCUGACUGCCCCCAAGGUUCAGACUCCAGUUGGAGACGUGCAGUUGGGAUCAUUCCUGUCUUACCAGACAAGAAAUAUCAAACCUGUCACAACACUGGCUCACACUCAAUGCAAAGUGGAAUCAUUCCCAAAGACAUCACCUAUCAAACUACCAACUGAGUUUCAGGUACUCAACGAUGGAUAUGCUGUGGCUGAUCCUGAACAAUUAGAGAGAGACACCAGGGGUCAGUCCUACAGUCUCCUCUGGAGGUCAUCCAGAUCAACGAGACUAACUGCUUCAAAUUUUGGAAAGAUUAUCAACAGAAAAAAAAGGCCAACUACUGCCUUCUUGGACACCUUAUUUCCUAAGGAGAAACAAACAAUAUAUGCCAAGCCUCUAGAGUAUGGCAAAAAACAUGAAAAUUCUGCUAAGUCCAAAUAUUUGGAAACAUUUCAGUCUGCCCAUAUGCAUGAUUGUGGCCUGAUUGUAAACCCUGAAUUCAGCUUUCUAGGAGCUACUCCUGAUGCAAAACUAUGCUGUACUGUUGGGACUGGCAUGUACAAAUGAUCAAUUCUUUCUGCAGAAAGAUCAAAGUGGAUCUAUACAUUUACUUAGGAAUCAUAUGCAUUAUGCGCAGAUUCAAGGUCAGCUUCUCAUUUCAGGUGCUGAUUUUUGUGAAUUUAUAGUGUACACUCAGAAAGAUUUACAUGUGGAAAGAGUGUAUCCUGACUUGCCAUUCGUGGCAAACAUGCUACAAAAACUCUGUCAGUUUUUUAAGGACUUUGCCAAACCUCACCUAGCUCAUGCUAUGUAAUAUGUUAUCAUUUCAUGAUAUACGCUCACAGUUGCACAGGAUACUUACAUGUUUGCUC